CGACAGAAAGUUAAAAUAACGCUCGUGAAAACAGACAUUUCUAACCUUACUCAAGCCAGCGGGAGUUAAUUCAACCGCUACCCCCGCUUUGUGUUUGUAUAUCUGUUAGCUAAUGUCGAUAUUGAAGUCCCGGUAGUGGAUUUAUUUCGAGGUGUCGCUCUUAAAUGGCAGCAGGUUGCUAAUCACAGAACUGGGUUCAGUUAAAUUAAAUCUCCUUUAAUAAUAGUCAUCGUUACACAACUCAUGGAUCAGUUGCAGCCGUCAGGAUGCAGAGCACCACCAACUACCUGUGGCUCAUCUCAGACCUGCUGGGUCAGGGUGCAACAGCCAACGUUUACCGCGGGCGGCACAAGAAAACGGGUGACCUGUAUGCAGUCAAAGUCUUCAACAACCUGAGUUUCUUGAGGCCACUUGAUGUCCAGAUGAGAGAGUUUGAGGUUUUGAAGAAACUGAACCACAAGAACAUCGUCAAACUCUUUGCUGUGGAGGAGGAGUCCAACACCCGUCACAAGGUGCUGGUGAUGGAGUACUGCCCCUGUGGGAGUCUCUACACAGUGUUAGAGGAGUCAUCCAAUGCCUACGGACUCCCAGAGGACGAGUUCCUCAUUGUUCUUCAUGACGUGGUGGCAGGUAUGAACCACCUGAGAGAGUACGGUAUCGUCCAUCGGGACAUUAAACCAGGAAACAUCAUGAGGGUGAUCGGUGAGGACGGGCGCUCCGUCUACAAACUGACAGACUUCGGAGCAGCCAGAGAGCUGGAGGACGACGAGCAGUUUGUGUCUCUGUACGGCACCGAGGAAUACCUGCACCCCGACAUGUACGAGCGAGCUGUGCUGAGGAAAGACCACCAGAAGAAGUACGGAGCCACAGUGGACUUGUGGAGCAUCGGGGUCACGUUCUACCAUGCCGCCACCGGCAGCCUGCCCUUCAGGCCAUUCGAAGGGCCGCGCAGGAACAAAGAAGUCAUGUAUAAAAUCAUCACAGAGAAGCCAUCGGGGACGAUCUCCGGUCAUCAGAAGUGUGAGAACGGGAAGAUCGAGUGGAGCACAGAGAUGCCAGUGUCCUGCAGUCUGUCCAAGGGUCUUCAGAGCUUGCUGACCCCGGUACUCGCCAACAUCCUGGAGGCAGAUCAGGAGAAAUGUUGGGGCUUUGACCAGUUCUUUGCAGAAACCAACGACAUCCUGCACAGAACCGUGGUGUACGUCUUCAGUCUGCAGCAGGCAACGCUGCACCACAUCUACAUCCACGAGUACAACACGGCGGCGCUGUUCCAGGAGCUGCUGUCCCGCCGGACCAGCAUCCCUCUGCACAACCAGGAGCUGUUGUACGAGGGCCGCCGCCUUGUCCUCGACCCCAACCGCCAGGCCAAGACCUUCCCCAAGACCUCCAGAGAUAAUCUGAUCAUGCUCAUCAGCCGCGAGUCUGUUGCCACUGUUGGCCUCAUUUUUGAAGACCCCAGUCCUCCUAAAGUCCAGCCUCGCUAUGACCUCGACCUGGAUGCCAGCUACGCAAAGACUUUUGCAGGUGACGUUGGACAUUUAUGGAAAACCUCAGAGUCUCUGCUAGUUUAUCAGGAGCUGGUGCGAAAAGGAGUUCGAGGUUUAAUAGAGCUGAUGAAGGAGGACUACACCGAGAUCCAGCACAAGAAGUCGGAGGUUUUCCAUCUGUGUAAUUACUGCACACAGAUACUGGAGAAGACCGAGCAGCUGUUUGAGGUGCUGAUGCAGGCCAACGUGCUGUCGACGGAGUACGACGAGAUCUCCGACAUGCACAAGAAAGUUGUCAGAAUCUCCAGCUCUUUGGAGCCCAUAGAGCGAACCACACAGGACCUGAAGAGCAAAUAUCUCCCAGGAGGCCUGCUGACCGACAGCUGGACACAGCAAGUGGGGACGCACCCUGAGGACAGGAACGUGGAGAAAAUCAAAGUCCUACUGGACGCCAUCACGACCAUCUACCAACAGUUCAAGAAGGACAAAGCAGAGAGACGUCUGCCGUACAACGAGGAACAGAUCCACAAAUUUGACAAACAGAAGCUGGUGCUUCAUGCCAGUAAAGCCCGAUCUCUGUUCACAGAGGAGUGUGCCAUGAAAUAUCGUCUCUUCAUCUCCAAGAGUGAAGAGUGGAUGAGGAAGGUUCACCUCGUGAGGAAGCAGCUGCUCGGGCUGUCCGGUCAGCUGAUCAGCAUCGAGAAGGAGGUGACCAUGCUGAUGGAGAGAGCCAUUAAGCUGCAGGAACAGAUGCCCCAGAAGGUCCUUCCUCUGGUGUCCAGUGGGAUGAAGCCUCAGGCCUACCUGAGCCAGAACACGCUGGUGGAGAUGACCCUUGGGAUGAAGAAGCUGAAGGAGGAGAUGGAGGGCGUGGUCAAGGAGCUGGCCGAGAACAACCACUUCUUAGAGAGGUUCGGGACUUUGACUCUGGACGGAGGUCUGCGAGGCUGAAACCAGAACCUGAGACUCACGGCAUCUUUGUACAUAUUCUGUCUUUCUACUCUACUCUACUCUACUCUACUUUCGGCUGUUCCUGUUAGGGGUCGCCACAGCGAAUCCAUUUCUCAUGAGUAAUUUGGCAGGUUUUUACGCCGGAUGCCCUUCCUGACACAACCGUCUUUAUUUAUCUGGGCUUGGGACCAGCACAGAAGUCAGACGUGAAACCCCUGUGGCUAGAUGCACAACCAAUUGUACAUAUUCUGUCUUUACCUUGUAAAUAAAGUGCAACUGUGAGAUGUUGUAUGAACGGGCCUUUCCUCUGCCACGUUAACCAACAUGCUGUUACUCUCCUCGGCAUUAGAAACAGGUACAGGAUAUUGUCACUUGAUGAACAGUGAAAAUAUCUUUUAAUUAAUCCUUUGUUUACUCCUGAAAACAUCCAUCUAGAUAAAAGUCUUUGGUCGUUAAAUAUUUAUUUUAUACCUUUGUCCUGUACCCUUAUAAUCUACUUAAUUUGCUUCUUAAAGGAGUAUCGUUUUUCAAAUUAAGGGACCUGGACUGUUUUCCUGGCUAAAUUAAGGAUUAAAUAAAGGUUGUUUAAGGGGCAUUUUAUAAAGAUUUUAUUUUGAUAUAUUAUGCUGUGUUUAAUGGAAUAUCUACAUCACUGAAGGGAUUUUAAGGGUUAUAAACUUGCGUAUUUAAUUUGUACUUUAAUAUGGCCUUAAAUUUUCAAUUACACAAGAAAUCCCUUAAAAUUGGCAAAAUACCAUAAAAAAGCCAUCAAUGCAUCUUUCACCUCAAAUGAAAAAUUAAUACUUUGGAAGCCUGUGUGUUAUUUGGUUGAUUUUAAGGGAUUUUUUUUUUCCCCUUUAAAAGACUUUACAUGCAGAUAAACAAUAUUACAGCCCCCUCUGAUUAAAAUGGCCUAUUUCCAUGACUGUUAAUGGUUAAAUGAAUAGAACUUGAAUUAAAAAAAAAAAAGACGGAUUAAGCUGAAUAAUUCUGACUACAUCUGAUGUUUAUUUAUUGACCUUUGGAGCAGAUCAAUAAUUAUUAGUUUUGUUUUUAUUAUCUGGUCAUAUUUUUGCAGUGUGUUGGUGACAAAAUACCUCUUUGUUUACAAUUGAAAUUAAAAUGAGGAUCUGUUUUACCAGUAAUCAGCAUUAGCAUCCAGAAUGUUCAGCGUCUGCUUGAAAACCUGUAAAUAAAUAUCAGAGCUGGACCAUGUGUCUUUCUGCUUCUGGUGAGCGCUCUGAAACCCAUCCCUGAGGUUCACCGUGAGGCUUUAUAUGUGUGGGGGUGAAGAUUUAGGAGAUACCAAAUCAACAGUUUUACAAACGUUCUCACAUACAAAGCAAAUAAUGUCAAAUUAGUGAAAUACAUGUCACAUUUUCUGAGUUUUAUGUCAAAAUUGCGACACAAUAAUGGAGACUUAUUGCAACUUACUAUCCUAUAGUUUUGGCUUACAAUGUCACACUGUUGUACAUUUGACAUCAGAAGUAUGAGAUAUUCAGUAAAAGACUGUUGUCAUUUUUUGUUUGA